GCAACACUGGUAAACAUGGCCGCCCCGUAGCUUUUGUUUUUUUGACGCUGCCGUAUGCAUGCAAUCAUGCGGCGGAUACAAGAAGGAAAUUUUGUUUUAAAGAUGUGCUAAGCAGUAAUUAUUGAAUUAUCGCAGAAUGCAAUCGUUAACUCGUCUAUCAGUCUUAUGUUCACUCAACACAGUCGCGGUUUCAUUCGUGUGUUGUCAAAGUUCCUCGCAGUGCGAUUUGAAGGAUGCAAACAGAGCAAAGUGCCCAAUUUGACUGCAGGGAGUCAUUGCAGCUAAAUGCUUGAAAAUACACGAAACAUGAAUCCCACCAAUCCCUGCUUCCAACAUGCUGGCCAACUUAUUCAAAUGGCAAGGCAACAGCCUGGCAAGCUAUGUCGCGAUCCAAAAAAGGAAAGACUGCCAUCUCUCCAACAAAAGCUAUUAGAGCUGUACCUGUCAGAGUCUAAUUUCAACCUGAGAAACAGGAGCCUGUUGAGCGGGUCAAACCUUCUACAGAAGCUUGUCGCCAAGGAAAAGUUGAAUUGCUUAGUGUUGAAUCUCUACCCUGGCAACGAGGGUUACUCGUUGAUGCUGAAGAGUCGCACUGGAAUUGAGACGGAAACCAUCCGUCUACCAUAUGAGGAAAGUGAGUUAUUGCAGUAUAUCGACAACGAAGAGCUUCCACCGAUUUUGGUUGACCUCCUCGAAAGAUCUCAGGCUCCCGUAUUCUACAGCGGCAGCAUCAUCGUUGAAGUGCGGGACUACCGCCGCUCUUCUCCUAGUCUGGGGAACUAUGACGCACACUAUGUGCUGCUUAAGCCGACAACUCAGUCCGUAAUAUGCGACGUGGGGCUAAUAGCAAGCGAUGGACAAUCGUGGAGCAUGGAAGACAAGCUCUACCUCGAGGCAACCGUCGUCAUGGCGACGGCCGAACCCCUCUGCCUGGAACCCUCUGUAAGCGUUGCUGUCGUUUCCAACUGGCUGCAGCAUCGUAAGGGACGGUUAUGCACAAACAAUCUGCAGAGAAUGGCUCGGAGGCACAGCCAGGUUGCCUUGAAUCGACGGAGGAAACUGGAACACUUCCCUGCACCUCCUCACUUGAAGGCUCACGAAUUCAUCACCCAGUAUCGCAAGCGUGCACCCCGUCGGUCACCUAACCUCUCCCCUUCAAAGCAGCUUGAAAGCUGGAAGCCAAAGAAGACACCCUUAGCUGUCCCUCAGAAAAUUGAGGUGGAAAAGUUUGCAACGGUGAAAGAGAAGCCGGAACUGACGUCGGACAACACACCCGUGGUAGUACAAGAGUACAUAAUGGAAACAGAGAAAGGGUCAGGCAAGAUGACCCACGUGACCAUCCUGCAGCGACCCACUGACCAGCAGUACUUUGGGAAGCUCUACGUCGACCGUGACGGCCAGAAGAACGGCACCAGCUGCGAGUUCAACCUCGGCAGCCAAGUUAAUGUCAACAGGUACCUCAACCAGUUUCGAGAGAUCUUCACAGAAGAGGGUCGCAAGGCGGUGAAAAUCACGCACUUGGUUCCGGGGCGACCUCCGGUGGUGAACCACACGCACGGUGCACGGAACACGACGGAGGUGGCUUCCACCAAGGAAAUCGCUGAGAGCAUAUCGUCGUCUGCUUCCACUACUUCUACAAUGUCGGACUCGUCUUCGGUAUGCCUGGUGGACCAGCGCGGAAAACCUACUACUCUAGCAAGUGGACUGCAGGUGCCUGCAGCGUCCUCCGAAGAGAGCUGCGGGGUAUCGAGACCCACCACCGUGGAGUGUAGUCCACCCCCAACAAACCAAGCCCCCUUGAGCCAUGCAUCCCUGGCACCCUCCACUGUGAACCCCCACGUCACGGCGCUACCUGAACCAACUCCGCCAGUCGGGCUUUCCGGACUGGGAAUUACGCAGAACGUUGGCCUGCACAACUUGGUGUCGCUAACGAGGGUGAAUCUGUCGUCGGGCCUACCAGUGCCUAUCUCCCUCACCAUGGUUCCCGUUACCCAGUCCAGCAUGUUAGUAGGAACUGCUGCCGCUUCACCCAUGCCCUUGCAGGGUCAGAUUUCAGAGCAAGCCGUCAGCGGAGCAGUCACAACAGCAACCUCCACGAAUGUUGCAACGUUGGGAUCGCCCCAGGUCAUCGUGUCGUCUGGCAUGGUAAACCCAGCAACAAAUGUGCUGACCACAGCAGCUGGUAUGCUGUCGGUGCCAUUGACAGCACUAGGCCCACAGGCCCUAGCAGCACAGCUGGUUGCGUCCGGGCUAAAGGGAACUACGCACAAUGUCUCAAGUGCCACACCCCUGUCCCUUCUGCAGGUCUCCGGCCCUCAGCAGUCGAUGCCACUCAUAAGUGCACUACCCCGACCAGUCACUCACACGCCUACCAUCAGUCCAGCAGUUGCAGGAACAGCGACAACCAUUCAUCCGCAGCACCUGCAGAUGGCCCUGCAGAAGCAGAUCCAGCAGCAAAUGCAGCAAGCGCAGAACACGUCGUCCGCCCAACGUCGCCCUCGCAACCGUAAAAAGUCGUCUAUGAAGCCACAGUGAAAACGUCGUCUGCAAAAACGUCGGACUAACUUAAACCAUCGUAGACGUCGGCCACAGAGGUUUUAGCCACACCACACCACAUCACUUCGGACGGAACGAGAUUUGUGUCCCCGAAUUUUAACUUCAUCCGCAGACUACUACAGUGUGUUGCAAAAACUGAGAAAUCGUCGUUUUUAUCCGUGGCCUUCACCCUACUUGCUCAAGCCACCAAAAACUUUCACGAUUUUGUUUAUAUUAAGCACGUGAUUGUUGAUGUGUCCUACUUUCCUCAUCUUGUGGACAUUUUAGUUUGCGUUAUUUUUAGGAGAGUGCUUUUAUGUAGAUCGUGGUUGCCAAGCGUAUUUUACUGUAGGCAACACAGACAGAGCCACGUCAACCCUUCGGCGAGGCGUUGUAUUUUUAUUGCCCCCCUGCCUGUGUCGAAUUUUAAUGAGAAGAGGCUGUGCAGCCAGUGCUUUAAGAGUGUAUUUUAGGACGGGACGAUAAAACGUGCUUAAAUUAUGAACAUCGCAUGUCCUCAGACGUUAGCUUCAAAAUGGUAGCAUGUAAUAAUAAACAUUCCUACACUAAACAA